AUGAUGUAUAGCGGAGAAAACGUGUUAGUGAUAGAAUCAAAAACUCGAGACGGGUGCAGAGUACUGCUGAAUCUGGCGGACCUUAUGCGUCUUCAAUAUCUUGAAUGUUGUAUUUUCGAAAGUAUUAUCCGGAAAGAAGUAUUCACCGCACCAUUAAUUAUAAAACAGUAUGAGGAGUUCGCGACUUACGUAGAUGAGAAAUGUGCCCGUCAUAAAUCGCCACCGAAAAAUAUCGAUGAGAUGAGAAUAUUCAUUCAAAACAUGCAAGACGAUCGAACGGUUGAAUCUUCGCCGAACUUCACUAGUCAAAUACAAAUGUGCGCAGCUGUACAACUAGCAGAAUCUUUACUAAAUCUGGAAGCAUACAACUCACAUGAGGUAAUUGACGGGCCAUGGAUACCGGAUCAAGUCAGGACACCAUCACCAUUUCAAACGACUUACGCUCAACACCCAACACCAAUUCGCUGUGUACAACGUCAAUUAUUUUAA